UUUGAUGAGAUGAGAUGAGAUGAGAUGAGAUUAGAAAGAGAGAUAACCAUGCCCAUCCUCAACCAUGUGUAUUGAAGAUUGAAUAUCUUUUUCCUUGAAACUUUCUGAUGAAAUAAGAUAACAUCACUACAAAUUUCCAUGAUGCCUGUGCAAGGCUUCUGUAGGGCUUUGCCAGAUUGGCCAACUGUGAUCAUGACCCCACCAACCCACAUGACCACCCCUUCUAUCUCAACUCACCCUUUCUUUCCUUUUUUCCUAUAUAAACUUCUUUUUCCUUAACUCAUCCAAAAUACAUCAAAAAAAGAAACAAAGAGAGAUUACAAACUCUCGUACUUCCCUUCAUACCCGAUUAGUCAGAUCAAACGGACAUGGAGGUUGCAGUUGAACUUGAAGAUGACCUAUUUUUUGCAGAUUUGAGCAAGGAAAUUGCUCUCUUAAUCAUGGAUGAAGAUGAAGACCAUCUUGAUUCUUCUCCUCCUGAAUCACUUCAGGCUUUUUCUGAGGCAAUUUAUCCUCCUCCGCAGUUUGCUUUUCUCUAUGAGCAUGCUUUGAGGACAGAAAGCAAAGGGACAGGUGUGUUUAUUCCCCAGGCAACACAGCCCAGAAGGAAGCAGAGGAAAGGAAGGGCUGGUUCACAUGCAAAGCAUCAAAAGCAGUCUCAAGAUACCAGAACGGUUUCUCAAGUUCCUAACAAGAAUUCUUUCAAAUCCAGAAAUGGCUAAGGAUAUCAUAUAGAUCCCUCUGAAAACCUGCAUAAUCUUACAAAUUCUACUGAUUAAUUUCUUUGCCAAGUUUUAAUAAUCUGUGGAUCUAAUUCUUUAGCCAGCCAAUAAUGAUAUGGCUAGUUAAUUUGUAUUGUUUAUAUAUAUAUAUAUAUAUAUAUAUAUAUAUAUAUAGGUUAGUGUAAAUGGGAAAACCAUAUAUACCAAAAUAUUAGACAUGGUGUAGGAAAGGUUCACCCAAGGUUUUGCUUCCUUCCUCUGCAGACAAGCAUUUCAUUGUUAUCCUAUCUCGUUCCUUGUGAUAAGUUUGUCAUGGUUUCAAAGAUAUUAUUGUUCUUUUA